ACAACACAUCGAUCUAACGCAUUGCUCUUGAACCCGUACGAUUAUCUUCUCAUCCUCCUCCAUAACUGAUCUCAGUCGAACCCGACUAAUCGCAAGAUGCUGGCCGUGUUGAAACGCCUGCGUUUUCCUAUCCCCAUACCGACCUUGUUUCACACUUCAGUCGCCGUCAAACUUCCUCCCGAAGUGAUCAUUGAGAUCCUUCAUGCGUUCGAGGUCGCUGAACGCUUCAUCUACAAUCGCGUUAAGUAUACGGAAAGCGGUAUGAAGGCACGAGCUAACCCAGAACUGUUAUGGGCACGGAGUGCCCUAUACAAUGCCAGCCUUGUAUCACGCAGAUGGCAUCGAAUCGUAACGCCAUUAUUAUACAUGCAGAUUACGCUAGCUAAUUCCAGAGAAGUGACGGCCUUCCUUCGGGUCGUUACUGAACGUCCGGAGUUGAUUCGACUCGUGAAAGAGUUGAUACUGGUAGAUUGGAGGUACCCCCUCGCAACAGGUCUAGCGCGUAUGUUCGGAGCCUAUCGAGAUCUAGAGCCAGAUGCUCUUCUGCGUAUGCGGGAGGAUAUUCCCUCGAUCCUUAAAUCCUGCGUGGAUAUCGAGGCCCUGACAAUCAACAUCAGCUCAAGCAGACACACAGUGAGCGACAUGGCGCGUCAACGCGGCCUUAUCAAUUCCAAUCUGCGACAUCUCACGAUAUAUGGCUUCAGUCAACAUUUCAAAGGAUACAAUCUUUCCCAGCUUCGACAUCUCGAGUCUAUUUCUUUCUCCUCCUUCAGAAUGUCCCAUCCUCUGCGUGGUUUUUAUGACUUUCCAAAGAUGCACACUGUCCAGGUUGCUUACAUUAUAUGCGAUCUCUAUCCUUCGGCAUGGAUGCAGUCUCUGGGUCAGCUACCAUCGCUGCGCACGUUUGCGAUGUACGAGAACUCCUUUCCUUGCAGUCUGUGGACAAAUUCCCACCCAUUCGUUCAGCCCACAGUCCCAUGUCCUGAAGGACUCCAGCGUCUACAUCUUGUUGGACGCGAUGAAUUGCGAAUAAUGAAGCUGUGGCUUCGAGAGGAUCCGUUCAUGAACUUGAAGGAGUUGACAUUUGGUCCGUUGGAGUCCGAACAUGAUUUUUUCAUGUCAUAUGACAUUCCAUGCCCACUGGAAAAUCUUAACAUCCUCAUUGCUACUGCUCCAGUUGGUCAUUCGAAGUAUGCUGGCAUGGUUGAAGUCGUGACUAAUGUCGCUCGCUGGUUCGAAUGGAAUUGCCAGUCGGAAUCCAUCUAUCGUGCUCUGAAGCAUGUUCAGAUCGCCCUGGUGACUAGGUAUCCUGCCAAAGUUGACCAGACUUCAGCCGCGGAUCGCGCUUUGCACCCCUCAUUCCAAAAGAUUCAUUCUCGUUGCUCAUGCCUUGGAGUGUCCUUACAUAUAACACCGAUAACAACUAGGAUUAAUGAUUGGGUAUUCAAUGCUCUAAAUCAACAUAACCUGAAAUGUUGCUUGACCAUGUGAUCGGUAUUCUUCUCCCUCGAUCAUCCAUCGUCGAUCAUGAAGCCAACGAAGCGGAACGACUGGCAACGCUUCUUGCGGAACUCGAAGCCUGAAGCCAAUCAUCCGGAACUUGUAACUCACCCGUGGCUUCGACAACCCAUUGGAUGCUUGGACGGUUUUCUGGAAGGUGCUCCCAACAUUUUUCGGCAAUUCUCCAAAGUUCUCCUGGUACUGUGCGCUCGAUGUUAUUAACGACAUUGGUGCGUUGAGGCCUCCUGUUCUUCGGUACACCGUCGAUGACUUGAUAGUCAGAGAGCCCGAUAUAUGGCUUCUGAGCUGUAUAGAGCUACCAAAUCAUCUUCGCUUCAGGUUUAGCGUUACUGAAUAUGUAAAUUGUAUCGUACCUCAAUGCACACACAUCCAACAGAGAACACAUCGCUUGCGGUCGUCGG